AAUGUGAGACUGUAGAUUAAGGUUUAUUGAUGUGAUCUUAACAGAAGUUAUCACACAGGAAUGCUCAAACACAAAACCUCAUCGCACUUUAAAGUCGCUGCAGAUCCUGGAAGUAAAAAUCCACGUCACAUCCAAUACAAUGUUCUCAUAACAAUAACCAUCAUUUUAAUUAUUAUAAAUAUUUCACAAAGAAAAUGUAUACAAAAAAUGAGAAGAAAUUAAGGAAUUAAACUUGUGUAUAAAUUCAACAUACAUUUUAGUAAUAAAAAAAUACAUAUGAUUUACAGAAGUUUAUUUUAUUGUAAAAAGUCAUCAGUUUAAAAUAAAGUCAUUUUAAUGAUUGGUAAAAAACAGAUAAGGAUGAAUAACAGGUAGAAUAGCUGAACCUUACUGCGCAUGCGUAACAGCUCGCGCCCAAACCGGAAAUCAGUUCGGCUAAAUAGAGAAAAAUCUCGAAAUCUGUAUUAGAGAGCAGAUAAUAAAGUUUAGCGGUUUUUCAUUUGAAUUACUUCAGCUCUAUUUCGGAUUAUAGAAACUAAACUACAUUUUAUAUACAUUAAUAUUAAAUAUAAAAUUAGCUAAAGCGCGCGCUAGCUCUUCAGCAGCCAUUUAGAAUAAAGAUUAGCUUAGCAUAGCUCAAUGUGGCAGCAGUGGAACACACACGGCCUCCAGGUGCAUCAAACCGAAGCGACUGAUACAACAGAAAGCGGACAAUUUCUCAGUUUUGCAAAGCGGUCGCGGGAAGUGCACAGGCGCUCUUCUGUUCCGCUGUGUGUCCCUGCUCGAGAUCUUCAUUUCUCUCCGUCAGUCCAUCAGUGUGGUGAUGAGUUUUGGGAGAAGGUCCACAGAUACCCAAGCGAGAAGGCAGACUAUUACGACUUGUACUGCGAAGAUGCGUUUAACAUGUUCUCCAGAGAACCUGCUGAGAUGGUGUGUACAGGAGGGAGAGGGGUGAGGAAAGAGAACCUCUCCGUGUACACACUUCCAUCUCCGACUCAGCUGAUAAGCAGAAGAAAGAAGGGAGGACGAGUGCAGAGAGGAGACACAGCACAGAGACAAGCAGCUGCAGUGAUGCAGCACAUUGGGGACCUGCGGAGGAAACAGAGUGCCAUAGAGGAGAUGAAGAAGGAAAAGUGGUGGGGUUCGACACUGCAUAACACUCCAGAAAACAGCUGCUCUGUAGACGUUGGGAAUCUGACUCCUCCUGAGACUCAGUGGAGUUUGAAUCUGUCUCCGUCUCAUACAGACACUCAGUACACUGCUCCGAGUCGAACACACCUGAACCCCAGCAGCGUUACUCCACAGGUGUUUGGUGGCUAUAAGGAGAUAAUGGAUCUUGCUCCUGGUGGAAACCCCAUGAUGUCGUUUGUGGUGACAGGAACAGCACACAGAGAGGCUCAGAGGAACUGGGACAUGUCCCCUCUGGACACACCUCCUCUGGAGAUGUCUUAUCUAGACACACCGUAUCUGUCUCACACUCAAUUCUGGGGUUUCCCUUCUGUUAUCUAGGAUUUACAUUUUUUAUGAUAUAUUUAUCGUUCCUGUUCUUUUCCUUCUGAUUAGUUAUCCUUAGUGUUUCCUGUUUGUCCUACACAGUUUAUUAACAUUCAUAUACAGCACAUUAGUUUUUAUUCAAUACGUUUUUUUCCUUUUUAUGAUGAAAUGUUAUUGAAUAAAAGAAUAAUUCAGUUUGUUGUUAUAUCAUCUUAUAAAUAUCUGUACACACAGGUUUAUCUUCAGACGUUCUUUUGUAUGUUAUAAAUAAAUGUAUGAAUCAAAAUAAAAGUAUAUUUACAGUAGUCGAUU